CAAAAGGGCGCUGUUAAGUCUCCUUAGUUUUGGGUGUGGUUUAGAAUUACAAACACAUCGGAGAUUCUAAAGUAACCUAAUUAGCCAUCUUUAUUAAAUUCAGAAUCUUCACAGCUCAACAUACGGGACAUGUUAUCCGUCUUUCUGUUCUUACUAAUCAUCUACGGUGUGUCUGAUAAAGAGACAGAAGAAUCUAAACCUGAGCCGAUGACGGUGAUGGAGGGAGAUUCUGUGACUCUACACACUAAUCUUACUGAAGUACUGAACGAUGAUACCAUUCUGUGGCUGUUUGGACCUAAAGACUUGCUCAUAUCUCAGAUAAGGCGAAAGGAUGACUUAACUCCAGUUUUUUUCACUGAUGAUGCUGGAUUCAGAGGCAGAUUGCAGGUGGACCAAAAGACUGGAUCUCUGACCAUCAGAAACACCAGAAUCAGACACUCAGGACAAUAUAAACUCACCAUCUCUAGAGAAAUGACUACAACAAAGAUAUUUAAUGUCACAGUCAUUGGUGUGGUUGGUGAGACGGAUGGAAUGAAGUCAGUGUCAGUGACGGAGGGAGAGUCUGUCACUUUACGCAAUGAUGCUGAAAUACACAAAGAUGCUCUGAUGCUGUGGAGGUUUGGAGAUAAAGGUGUCCUCCUGGCUAAAAUCGAUAUCGAGGCCAACGAGACCUCAUUACACGAUGCUGAUGAGAGAUUCGGAGAUCGACUGCAGCUGGAUCUUCAGACUGGAUCUUUGAGCAUCACAAACACCAGAACAAAUGACUCUGGACUCUAUGAACUACAGAUCAGAGGCAUUGAGAGCUCACGGCGAUUCCUUCUUUCAGUCAGUGCUGUCCCAGAACCACAGCUUUCUUCAGGCGCUAAAGCAGGGAUGGUUGUUGGUGUUUUAGUUCCUGUUCUGCUGCUUGUGGCUGCAGCUUUAGCUGCGAUUUACUACCGCCACAGGAUCUUUAAAUUAAAAAAGAAAAUGGACGAAGAGAAGAAGUCAAUGAAGGAGGGAGAUUCUCCAACUCUACUCACUGGUCUUACUAACAUACAGGGUAUUGAUACGAUAGAGUGGUGCUAUGAAACUGAAGACAAUCGCAUUGCUGAAAUUAAUAGGGGGACCAUUAAGAAAUCUACCGGUGCUGAUGGGAGAUUCAGAAGCAAACUGAGGCUGGAUGAAAAAACUGGAGAUCUCAGCAUUAGCAACAUCAGAACCAUACACUCUGGACUCUAUAUACUAAAGAUCAGCAGCAGCAGCAGCAGCAAAAGUGGCUGCGGCACCAAAAGCACCACAAGAACAAAAUGCAAGAGAUUCAUUGUUACUGUCAGUGUGAGGACAUUGAAAGUGAAGAUGGGAGAUCCUGUCAUUCUCGAGACUCAUGCUGAAAUACAGAGCAAUGAUCUAAUGCUGUGGACGUUUGGACCUGAAAACCGUCUCGUUGUUAAAACUGAUUCAGGAAGGACUAGCAUUAGUGAGAGUUUCAGAGACAGACUGGAGCUGGACAACGAAACUGGAUCGCUCACCAUCAGAAACAUUGGAAUCACAGACUCUGGACAUUUUAAACUACAGAUCAUCAACAGCAAACAGACCACAUUCAGAAGAUUCAAUGUGACUGUCAAUGGUUCCACAGAAGAAGAAGAAGUGAAUGAAGAGAAGCAGCUAAUCAGUGGAAAUGUUCCUGAUGGAGUGAAUGAGCAAUAAUGUUCAGUUUGAUGAGAUGGGACACGCCCACCAGUGUCAAUCACUGUGACAUCAUCAACAGUCAAGCUCAACAACAUUUGAAAAAUGAACCCGUGUGCUGCAAAAAGUUUGAAUGAAUUCUUGAGCAUGUUUAACAGCAGGUUAAUAUGCGAUAUCUGAUGUGGCACGAGCAGAGAGAGUUUCGAGCGUCAAAGUUAACUAUUCGCUGUCCACACUGAGGAUGUGUGACACUUUCAUAUGAUCUGGGGUGCUACAAUUACCAAAUCAGUACUGGAGAUAGCUGUAGCUGCAUUGUUCACUACAUCUGAACCAGUUCCAGACAGACAAGAUGGUGCAGAAAGAAGCAAACACUGAACAAUUUGUCCUUUAAAACACUGCUGUGUUUUUGUCAGUAUUUUGUUAUGAGAGUUUUUAUUUUCACUGUCAUAUCAGAAUUAAUUUCUUGUUACUUCCCAUUUUAUAUUAUUUCUCUGUUAGUAGUACUUAUGUUGUAAUGUAGUUCCCAACGUAGGUUCGGGAGGAGCUGAAACAUUCAGUCCUGUGUUUUGCGGUGUGUAUUUUGAUCGUAACACCUUUAACCUUAUUAUUUAUUACUCUCAGGUUAGGUAAAGUAAGUCGAGUCUGGCCUAAAUUAUAAGCAUUUAAAAUUACUUACAAUUUGGUCAGAAGACUCCUCUGUGGUAUGUUCUUGUUCAAAGUCUUAAAACACUAUAAAUCAAGCCAAGGUAGGCAGCUUUUGUAAUCAAUUAAAUUUCUUUUAAUUGGUAGCUUUUCUUUUUAUAAUAAACAAAAAUUUAAAGGCAAAUAAAACUUCAUCAUUAAGGUAUAAAAUACAGUAAUCACUCUUUUGAGUCAAAGGUGUAGUCAGCUCUGGGCUUCCCAUCUUCAGCUUGGGGUUUCUUGUCCUCAGCUCUGGGCUUCUAGGAGUCGGGGGUACUGACGUAUCAGUAUCCGAAGAGGCAAUCAACUCAUCAGUCUUUUAUACUCGUGUUGUUUAUCGCAGACGUUAGGUUAUCUUCUUGACUGACAUACAUUGUAACUUUCCUAAAAUUUCCCAGAUCGUUCUCAAGGGCCUUGCAGGUGUGAGCUGUCUGGCUUUUGUGUCCUUGAACUCCAGUAAACUCAUCCAAGAUGGCUGAUGUCCUUAUAAGGUUCUAGGAGUAGAACCACAGUUCUCCGUGUCCUUGAGCACACACACACAGAACCGCACACACUUCUGUGUGCUGCAGUCCAGUUCUGCUCCUCCUUCUCAUGGACAGGCACACACACACAUAUCCAACAAUAACUGUACAUCUCUGGCCAUACAGUAUAAUACAUUUCUUAGAAACAAACAAAAAUAAUAAUAAUAAUAUUGUAAGCAAUGCCUAAUGUUUAAUACAUUGGCCAAAUGUGUAGCAACAGACUUCCAAAAUCUAAACAAGGAGGCAGGGUAAUUGCAUUUUCUUGAUAUAAUACAACACCUGUCAGUCAUCAUUAUGAGUGUAUAUAAGCAGCGGUCACUGCGUCAUCCCAGCGACAAUUCUUCCAGCAUCCCUCCUCCUCCCCAUCUCCUCCUCUAUUUAUCUUAUUCUCCCUUUAUGCAGCACUGUUAUAGGAGGGUUUAACUAAGCCGAGCCUCCUUCGAGGACAGCAAGCCAAGUUUGUUUUACCAUUAACCAUUCAGACUGAAUGGGCAGGCGAACUUGUGAAAGCUAUGCUGCAUUAAGUCAGAGAUAAGAGAAAGUCUCUAUUUCAAGGUUUUGUUGUCAUGUGAUGAUGAAUGAAGUUUGGUGAUGAUGAUGAUGAUGA